AUGUUGCACGUAGCCUUUGAGGUUCAUUCUAAAUGCAGCGAAGUUGCAUACAUAGUGCAGCCUGGUCAGAAUACAACACGACGGAAAACUUCGGGUGCAUCGCUGUCUCAGCAACCAAGCGCUGUGCCACAACGAGCAUAUGGAUGUGUUUUAAUACUUGGUUUCAAUACUCAGAACUUGCAGCAUAUUGUUUGUACUCAAAGCGAUUAUUCACUUCGACUUCUUUACGAAUUUCAAAUUAUACAUGUUCUCGCUGGUUAUGUUCUUCUAUGUUCUGUAAUAUUGAUGUUUAGUUUGGAAUCUAAAUGGUUAGAGCGGGAUUUCGUCAAUAAUUUUGCUUCAGUGAAGCUUCCUUGUGUCACACCGUGGGUUUUUGGCUUAAUUAAAGUACUGAGGAGGGUUGAGAGUAUUGUAGAGGGAGCUGGAAAGGAGAGAAAUUAG